UCGUGUUCGUUUGGCAUCCCUACUUGAUCCGUCAACGCAGGGCAAGUCACCAUAUGUAAAAAUUUAAAAACCACGGGCACUAUCUAUAACUUUCCAUAUAAGUUGAGGGGGUUGUUCGAUACUUGCUGCAUUUUAGCCGAUGAAAGGAUUAGGAGAAAACUCACCAUUAAACCCUUAAACUCUGCUUCUUCAUCAAUAUUGAAGGCACAAAUGCGUACGGAUUGAAGAUGAGUUGCUGUCAAUUCUCGAAUCAUCUUCUUAACAGCAUCUGCAGAACGAUUUAUUUCGGUAGGAGGAGCAUUUCAACGAAUUAUAGAGCUAGAACACUUGUUUCUCCUUCACGCAAUCGAUUUACGAAGGGUUACUGCAAAUUGUCGAGUUCUUUGAAGUCGGAACUAUCUGGAACUGCUCCUGCUUUUUCUCGGAAAAAAUUGGGAACUGUUGAUGGAGAAGCACCACCACAUGAAAGUACCUCCUCUGAUUCUUCCCAGAAAACAGAUAAUUUAGUAAAUACUGAUCCUUCAAAUGGUCGAGUGAUGCUUAUUGAUGGCACUUCUAUCAUUUACAGAUCUUAUUACAAACUUCUUGCUAAAUUACAUCAUGGGCAUUUGGCUAAUGCGGAUGGCAAUGGAGAUUGGGUCUUGACUAUAUCUACAGCUUUGUCACUCAUAAUUGAUGUUUUGGAAUUUACUCCAUCACAUGUGGCGGUGGUUUUUGAUCAUGAUGGAUUUUGCUUUGGUAAUAUGCCUCAGUCGUCCAGACAAAAAUUUAUGGCAAAAGGUCAGACUUUUCGGCACACUCUCUACCCCUCAUAUAAGAGCAACCGUCCACCUACUCCAGAUACAAUAGUGCAGGGCCUUCAAUACUUGAAAGCAUCCAUCAAAGCCAUGUCCAUCAAAGUCAUUGAGGUUCCUGGUGUUGAAGCUGAUGAUGUUAUUGGGACCUUGGCUGUACGCAGUGUAGAUGCUGGGUUCAAAGUCAGAGUUGUCUCUCCUGACAAAGACUUUUUCCAGAUAUUAUCUCCUUCGUUACGUCUUCUUCGAAUUGCACCUCGUGGUUUUGAAAUGGUUUCUUUUGGAAUGGAGGAUUUUGCUAAGAAAUAUGGAACACUACAACCUUCUCAGUUUGUGGAUGUAAUGUCACUUGUCGGUGACAGAUCUGACAACAUACCAGGGGUUGAUGGAAUCGGGGAUGUACAUGCUGUGCAGUUGAUAUCAAGAUUUGGUUCAUUGGAGAAUUUGCUGCAAAAUAUUGAUCAAGUUGAUGAGGAACGAAUUAAAAAGGCUUUGAUAGCAAACAAGGAGCAGGCCUUAUUGAGCAAAGAACUGGCCCUCUUACGUUCUGAUCUUCCUCACUACAUGGUCCCAUUUUCCACCAGUGAUCUUGUAUUUAGAAAACCAGAGGAUAAUGGGGAGAAAUUUACAAACCUCUUGACAGCAAUUGGUGCUUAUGCUGAAGGUUUUUCACUCGAUUCGGUUAUUAGAAGGGCUUUCUAUAUGUGGAAGAAGCUCGAGAAGACCUGACUUUGAAUAUAUCAUUUGUUUCGGCAAUUUAACCAGUUUUAAUCGAUAAUUUGGUGGCCAAAGUUCCAAAAUGAGAUUAAAUUUCACUAUUUGGCAUCACUCUAGGCAAGAUCUGGUAUAGCCAAAAGCUGUGUCAGUUGGACAAUACUAAGUUGUAACACAUACAGGGUUGAUCAUGGGCCCAAUUGGACAUAUGACGCAAUAGCCAAUAUGUUUAGUUGCAGAAAACUGGGGUGUUUCUUGAAACUUUUCAGGGAAACUGAAAAAUCAGAAAACCUUGUUCAAAUACAGAAAGCCUUUUUUAUACUUUA